AGUGACGUGCCUUGUACGCUUUGACAAGAAACACCAAUCCGCGUCGACCUCGAUCCUCGUCAACUUCUUGUCCCUGUUUCAUCGCGAACCAAGAAUAAGCAAACAUGGCGCCAACGACAACCGAACCUCUUGGGCACGACCAAAACAUCUUCUUCCAAAUGACAAUCCAAGCACGAUAGACACAAUGGCGACCACCAGUCUGAGCUCGCACCUCCUCGAGUCGCUGCUGGCCAGCUUGACUCCGGGUCGCAUCACGGCGCUUGUCAUCCUCUUCACCAUCGCAAGUUUUGCCAUCGAUUCGACCAAGAAGCCAACGUAUCCCAAAUCGCUACCUCGAGUUGGCUACAGUGGAGGAAUUCGCGCCACCAUCCGCAACUGGAUGAACCUCUCCAACUACCACAACUGGGUCCAAGAAGGCUACAACAAGUAUGGCAAACACGGCCGCUCCUUCGUCACUCCCGCUUCGCCCAGCCAGCCCGACGAGAUCAUCGUUCCUCGAGAACAGAUAGCCUGGAUGCUCGAACAGCCCGAGACGGUCCUUAACACCCAAGAAGCCCACAAAGAUGUCCUCUUCGGCGCCUACAACUUCUUCAAUGUCGACGACCACUUCCCUACCAAGGUGAUGCACAAGCACCUGGCCCGCAACCUCGUCGGUCUCCUCCCCGACAUCCAACAAGAAGUAGCCGACUCCAUCGACAUUGCCUUUGGCACCGACACCGAGAACUGGAACACCCUCAACCUCUGGGAAGCUCUUCUGGCCAUCGUCCCCCGUAUCAUGAACCGCCUAGCCGUCGGCCUGCCUCUCUGUCACAACCAAGCCUUCCUCUCGAGCCAAGUCGGAUUCGCCGACGACGUCUUCCGCAACUGUCUCAUCCUGACGCUCUUCCCGACGGUCCUGCACCCGCUCGUCGGCCGUCUCGUCACCCUGCCCAACUGGUACCACUUCCACCAAGGCUACCGCCUCCUCAAGCCCGUCAUCGAGCAGCGCCUCCGGGACUUUGAGCGCUUCGAAUCCGGCGAAUCGCAAACACCACCAGAAGAAUCCCUCAUCACCUGGCUCAUCCGCCAAGCCAAAGCCGACAACCUCCCGCACGAACAGACGCCCUACAUGAUUGCCAUGCGUCUCCUGCCCAUCGAGUUCGCCGCCAUCCACACCACCGUCAUCACCCUGCACGCUUUAUUUCUCGACUUGCUCGCCUCCGAUCCAGCCAAGAACUACCUGUCCGUCUUGCGCGAGGAAACCAGCACCGUUUUGCAGUCUGAACCCAAUGGCAUCUGGACCAAAAACGGCCUUGCCCGGUUAUACCGCACCGACUCGGCCAUCCGCGAAAGCAUGCGUCUGUCGACCUUCAGCACGGGCUUGACUCACCGCAAGGUGGUAGCAAAGGAAGGGAUCACCAACCCGUUUGAGGGGUGGCACGCCCCCUAUGGAGCGAUCCUGAUGGCGAACAUGAGCGUGCAGCAUGACCCGGAGAUUUACGAGAAUCCGCAGACGUACGACGCGUUGAGGUUCUCGAGGGUGAGGGAGGAGUAUGAGGCUCGCUCGGAGGAAGAGAAGGGGGAUACAGAGGAGGCGUUGAGGAUCAAGAGGUUGGGGUUGGUGGCUACUAGUAGUGAGCAUUUGCCUUUUAGUCAUGGGAGGCGUGCGUGCCCCGGCCGUUUCUUCGUAGCCCACGAAGUCAAAAUGAUGCUAGCCCACAUCCUCCAAAACUACGACAUCAAGCCCAUCGCCAACAGGCCGCCGCCGACGUGGGUGGCGCAUACCAUCAUCCCGGCGCUGGACGUCAAGAUUGAGGUUAGGCGGCGGCGGAGGAAGGAUUGAUGUGAUGGUCCUGCCGUUUUGAUUGAUGUAAAAGUCUUACUCUGUUUUUUUUUUUUUUUGGAUGUCUGAUUGUUGGUUCUCUCUUGGAUACUUGGAUAUUUGGAUCUCGGGCGAUAUGAAGGGACAUGAAGGGACAUGAAGGGACAUGAAGUGACA